CACACUUGACUGCCUAGCCACGGAACGGAUCUUUUCCUAUUUGAUUGCAAUGUCGGACUCUCCAGAUUCAGAGCUCUGCCCUGUUCAACACUUUCUAACUGCAGAGGCAGGGAGCUGGCUGGAUAGUACCUGUAACUUGGAAGGAUGGCUGAAAUACGGAACUUCACUUGGGCGGUGGAAGAUAUCUUCAAGGAAACUUUUCUCACUUACAUGAAUGGCUGGAGGAAAAACAUGACAAAAGCAGCAGACGAACUGCAAGCCAAGGUUGAUGCUGAAAACUUUGACUAUGUUAUCCUUUAUCUCAUGGUGAUGAUUGGUAUGUUCUCCUUCAUUAUUGUGGCAAUUUUGGUGAGUACUGUGAAAUCAAAGAGGCGAGAGCACUCCCAUGACCCUUAUCAUCAGUACAUCGUUGAGGACUGGGGUGAGAAGUAUAAAAGCCAGGUUCUGAAUCGAGAAGACCUCAAGUGUGUGAUCCAUGAAAACUUUGGUGCAAGGGACAAAACAAGUCCUGGAUCACCUUGAUGUUUUGGAAACAUCGGCAAUGAGGAAAUCAUUAAGCCACAUGCAGGGAACUCACUGAAAUUAUACAUAGCUGUGAAAAUGUUUAUUAGCUUAACACAGGUCAAGCUGGAACAGACUGCUGAGGAAAUCAACGUGACUGCUUUCUGUGAGAAAUUUGGCAUGGCUGCUCUGGGGAACACCCAAGAAAAAUGCAUAAUUGUGCUUUGCUUUGAUAUUCUGUUCUUCAGGAAAAUAAAGCCAUGAGAAAGAAUAACUUGAAUUUUUUUUAGCAUUUUUUUGAAAUCCAGAAGCAGAUCUGGAUUACUGAAAAACAGGCCACAAAAUAACUACGAAUUUUCAAGUGGUCAACAGUGCUGAUUUAGAUCCAAAGUGUAUGACCUAAGCCCAUCUUAAAAAGAACAUGAAUCUGUAUAACAAAACAUCAAAACCUUUAUCUAUUCAUUGAACAAUAUGUUGUGGUAUGAAUCACAGGAGGUAACCUAUAUCUACACUCACUUAUGCCAAACAAUUAUUUUAAUGAUCUGUCUCCUAUUUUGAUGUUGUUAUUCACUGGCUGCAAAGAUUGACUCAAGACCUUCUGAGGAGGCCUGGUUUAUAGCAAAAGUGCAGCUAGACUAGCAGUCUCAUCUAACAGCAUGUCCUGGUUGUGCAGGGCAGCUUCUAGAGGUUCACCAUCUUUCUUCAAGUCCAUGGCUAGCCAAGCUCUCUCUUCUGCUGUUCCUCAGCUCUCCAGAGUGAUCUAGCAAUCUGGGAUGCAAGCUGGCUGAUGGCAGCACCAGCCACAUCCCUACUAGCGGGAUGCAACCCAUUAGUGCAAACCACUGGGCUCCUGCUGUGGUUUUCAGAGGAAUUUCUAUGCCCAGCUAUCACGGCUGUCCCAUUGAUGUGCUUUCUAAGGGCUUCCCAUGUUGGGUACUGCUUUGCACUGGCUGAGAAAUGGAUUUUCAAGAUGGUUUGUCUUCUCCUGUGCUGCUAAAGUACCAUAAUGUUGGCUCUUGGAAUAAUUAGAAGCAGAGCUGGUAACACUUCUGCUAUUAAAACACGCUUCUUUUUGUAAGGCUCUGGGUUCAGCUCCUAUUCAUGUUGCCAGACUUAAACCGCUUAAGCUUAAAACUUCCUUGCUGGCUGUUGAUUGUGUGGGCUUGUUGUAUGUUUUUAUAAAGUUUUGGCUGAAACACUUCAGCCAUGCCUGCCACUGCAUUCCUGACAAGUUUGCCUCACUUGAAUUAAGAAGAAAUGAGAAAGUAAAGUGCUUCUUUUGUUGGGAAGCUUUGGCUUGUUUGGGAGACUGGUCUUGAGAUUUGGCACAGCAUAUGCUGUCGUGCUCCAGAUGUGCCUUUAGCUGGCAUAAUAACAAGUCUUUUAAUUGUCUGGGACCGUGAGUGCUAGCAAAGGUUUUUCGGGUCCUAGGGCAGACUGCUGGUGAGUAUCUUCCCACCAAGCACACUCCCGUUCCUCCCAUCUCCCCUGGGUGACCCAUGGGUGUCUGCCAGCCCUGAAGCUCUCUUUAGGACUGUGCCCCACCUCUGGGUGGAACCACUUUCCUUGCUGCUUAUCCUCGUGGCUCGCAGGCUGUAAGGGUGCAGUUAUUGUGUUCAAUGAGGUGGAGGGAGCCUGGUGGCCAUCUGGCUACACACGUGGUGUGGUUGGGGAAAGGAUGUGGCUUUUGGCAGGGUAUGACGGCAGAGGUGUGCCCAGAGAAGGUGUCCGGCUGUAACAACAUUUUCAGCAGCAGCUACACUCGCCAUCAGAAAUAAGUGGCAGCUUCCACCGCUGGCCGUGCCCCACUCCUGACUACUUGCAGACCAGCAAAACUGGGGACGAGGACACAGCCUGGCUAUGCCCUUGGGACACGGGGGCAAAGUGCUUUAG